AUGAAGUUCGCACUCAGCCUCGCCUUCCUGCUCCUCGGCCUGUGCCUCGUAUUCGCCCAGGACGUGGACAUCGACGUGGGCGGCCUUGGCGUGUCGGGCGACCUCGACGACCUCUCCGUGUCGGCCAACGCCGGCGACAACGAGGCCUCGGCCUCGGCCGACGAUAACUCGGCGUCGGCGACCACCGACAGCGACAGCGACAACACGGCGACGACGACCAACGUAGUGACCACCACGCCCGUCGUGAUCUCCACCGUUGCGCCUACGACCACAACUGUGGUGACCAACGCCAACGGCGUGCAGCAAGUGCCCGUGCUGGUGGUGUCGUCCGACACCUCGUCGGCCUGCUCCCUCUCUCCCUUCUCCUUCUUCUAA